AUGGCUGCUCGACUUCCUCUCGCGCGCCUCUCGGCUCAGCGCCUGACGACUUUGUCCCGGAGCACUCGGGCUACCAGCCGCCUCCGCGGUGUCCAGAGCCUCUCGACUUCUACUCAUUCAAAUGUCUCCUCUAGAGCCUCUGGUCUCCUGCAGGCCUCUUCAGGGAUCAAUGUCUCGCGUAACCUCGCUCCUUUCGUUGGCUCCCAAAUCCGAACCUACGCCGAUUCUAUCGUCAAGGUUCCCCAGAUGGCCGAGUCGAUCACAGAGGGUACCCUGAAGCAGUUCUCUAAACAGGUCGGCGACUUUGUUGAGCGCGAUGAGGAGAUUGCCACUAUCGAAACCGACAAGAUCGACGUGUCCGUGAAUGCCCCCGAGUCCGGUACUAUCAAGGAGAUUCUUGUCAACGAGGAGGACACCGUCACCGUCGGACAGGAUCUUAUCAAGCUGGAGCCCGGAGAAGCGCCUGAGGGCGGCAAGCAGGAGUCUGCCCCCAAGCAGGAGUCUGCCCCCGAGCAGCCCAAGGAGUCCGCCCCCGCUGCUGAGAAGCCCAAGGAGAGACCCCCCCAGGCCUCCAAGCCCGCGCCCCCUCCCAAGGAGGCCCCCAAGGCCGAGUCCAAGACCACCGAAGCUAAGCCCGCCGUCGGCGGCCGCGAGGAGCGUCGCGUCAAGAUGAACCGCAUGCGUCUGCGCAUCGCCGAGCGCCUGAAGCAGUCCCAGAACACCGCCGCUUCCCUCACCACCUUCAACGAGGUCGACAUGUCCUCGCUGAUGGAGUUCCGCAAGCUCUACAAGGAUGAUGUCCUGAAGAAGACCGGUGUGAAGCUGGGCUUCAUGAGCGCUUUCUCCCGCGCUUGCGUUCUGGCCAUGAAGGAUGUCCCCGCGGUCAACGCUUCGAUCGAGGGCCCCAACGGCGGUGACACUAUUGUUUACCGCGACUACGUCGAUAUCAGUGUCGCCGUUGCCACUGAGAAGGGUCUCGUCACCCCCGUUGUCCGCAACACCGAGACUAUGGAUCUGGUUGGCAUUGAGCAGUCUAUUGCCGGUCUUGGCAAGAAGGCUCGCGACAACAAGCUCACCAUCGAGGAUAUGGCCGGUGGUACUUUCACCAUCAGCAACGGUGGUGUCUUCGGUUCUCUGAUGGGUACCCCCAUCAUCAACGUGCCCCAGACCGCCGUCCUGGGUCUCCACGCCAUUAAGGACAAGCCCGUCGCCGUGAACGGCAAGGUCGAGAUCCGCCCCAUGAUGUACCUCGCCCUCACAUACGACCACCGUCUCCUGGAUGGCCGUGAGGCCGUCACUUUCCUUGUCAAGGUCAAGGAGUAUAUCGAGGACCCCCGACGCAUGCUGCUCGGGUAA